AUGGUUUUAAUAAACCAAGACAUCCUGGCAGAAAUAACUACCUACUUGGACGACGAUCCCUCAACACUGCACUCUCUUAUGCUCACCUCACGCACGUUCUGUCGGAUAGCCGUUCCCCUUGCGUACAAGAACCCCUUCCGUUUUAUCUCCACCGCUCACCUCGAUCGCAAGCAUUCUCUCAUCUGCACCUACCUCACCUGUCUCUCGGCCUCUGAAAAAAAGUAUUUCAUCAAAACAGUAAAGAUCAUAAAAGAUAGCAAACCAAUGUUCAAUUAUGCGAGCUAUCUAGAACAGCUAGAUUGUCUGGUUGUAUAUGGAAUACUGGCUACAAGCAGAAUGCCUUGCUAUCAAUGGAGAAGACUAGAGAAGAUGUUCAGAAUCUUGUUUGGUUUGUUGAUUGCAGGAAGCAAGAGGUUAAAAGGAUUGAAUUUUGUUGGACAUUAUUUAAUGAACUCUACGAUACAAGUAGAACCACCAAGAGGUUUAAGAAGCAUCAAGAUACGAUCCCCUAGAGCUCACAAUGAGUGGAUACAUUCGUUAAUCGCGCAUCAGAAUAAUCUCAUAAACUUUGAAAUAUGGUAUGCGGACGACGAAAUACUCAAUAUCCUCGGAUGUCUUGCAACUCAACGAUCUUCUCUGCGUCGGAUAUCGUUUGUUCACUGUACAUUUAUUCCGUGCGAUCAGUUUCGCAUUCUACUGAACGAUUUGGAGAGAUUGAAAGAAGUACAGUUCAAAGUAUUCCCGUUCGAUUCAAGGAGGUUUCAGGAUUUGAUGAUCGUACUGAGGGAGAGUAUGGAAAUCAGGGAGAGUACAACCGAUAGGGUAGAAUUCAUACCGAGAGGAAACGGGGAGAGAGAGAUGACUGUUGUUGUAGAAAAGAUGAGUGCUUGGAGUAGUUCGGAUUGA